AAGUUUUAAGCUUCGCGUAACGCGUCGCCCUGCACAGUUUCGCGCGAACCACCGAACAAGACGCACGCGCGUCUGCUCCGCUUUUUCUAAGCUUUGAGGUGUACAAAGAAAACGCGGGAGGAAUGUGGCGGCAGUUUUUGCUCGCGGUUGCCGGAGCCGCAUUGGUAAUGGGAACCGAGGUCAACGUGAAGGAUCCCGGAAUGCUUCCCGAAGCCGACGAAUUCGCUAUCAGCCCCGAGGAGCCACCUAUUCCGCCUCUUCCGGGUAUGCUUUAUCCCCGGGAAAGCGAAUCCCGCGAGAUCAAGUCACUCGAUGGAUUCUGGGAUUUCGUUGUACCACCAUCCAAUGAUGUCAAAAAAGGACAUCGCGAAGGAUGGUACUCCGACAGUUUAACGAAGGCAGAAAAAGUAAUGCAAAUGCCGGUGCCGUCAUCUUACAACGAUAUUACGACCUCCAAAGCUCUGCGCGAUCAUGUGGGACCCGUCUGGUACGAGAAGACCUUCUUCAUACCUGCAUCUUGGCAGUACAAACGUGUUUUUCUUCGCUUUGGAUCCGUCAACUAUCUCGCUGAAGUUUGGUUGAACGGCGAGUUAUUGACCAAUCAUGAAUUGGGACACUUGCCCUUCGAAGUUGAGUUGACGGAAAAGGCUCUUUACGGUCAACAGAACCGUAUUACCGUAGCAGUAGACAACUCCCUUCUGGCCAACAGCGUGCCACAAGGUAAUGUUUACGAUGUUGGCGCUGACAAUGGUACCGUCAAGGUUCAAUACUACACUUUUGACUUCUUCAAUUACGCUGGUAUCCACAGACCUGUGCUUCUACACACGAAACCAAGAGUUUUCGUUGAUGAUCUCAAUGUAACCACUGGGUUGAUCAAUGACGUGGGUAUCAUCAAGUACAGUGUUGACAUAGCCGGCGCAGGCGAGAAGGAGGUUCCAGUUUGCGAAGUCAACCUUCUGGAUGCUAACAAUCAAUAUUUAUUAACCACUCCAGUUGUGGGAACACAGGGAACUUUUAAAGUUUCGUCACCCAAUCUGUGGUGGCCCCGAACAAUGAGCUCUAAUCCUGGUUACAUGUAUACCUUAGAGGUAACUGUACAUGUGCCAAACUCAAGUGAGCCAGACAUUUACAGACUUCCAGUGGGUAUUAGAACUUUGAGGUGGACCAACACAACGUUCUUGAUCAACGAGAAGCCGAUUUACUUCCGCGGUUUUGGAAGGCACGAAGACUCGGCUAUCAGAGGAAGGGGAUUAGACUUGCCCACCGUAGCAAGGGACUAUGAGUUACUUCAAUGGGUCGGAGCUAAUGCGUACAGAACCAGUCACUACCCCUACAGCGAUGAAGUUCUUGAUGUAGCGGACAGGCUUGGAUUCCUCAUCGUUGACGAAUGUCCUUCCGUAAACACGGAGAACUACACGCCAGAGUUACUAAAAAGGCACAAGCAGUCACUCUCGGAACUCAUUCGCAGGGACAAGAAUCGACCUUCCGUCGUAUUGUGGUCCAUUGCUAAUGAGCCAAGAACUCAGCUCGCCGAUACUGGAGUGUACUUUAAACAAGUAGCUCAACACACCAAAACUCUCGAUCCUUCCAGACCAAUCACCAUUGCUCUUGCUCGCAGUGUUGUGGAGGACAAAGCCGGUCAAUACCUCGAUAUCAUUAGUUUCAACCGUUACAAUUCCUGGUAUCAGAACUCCGGAAGAACUGACAUGAUUAUCAAAAAUGUCGUAAACGAAGCUCAAAAUUGGCACAACAAGUACAAGAAACCGGUAUUGAUGUCGGAAUACGGAGGCGAUACCAUGCCUGGACUACACGAGCUGCCAUCCUAUAUUUGGAGUGAAGAGUAUCAGACUGAAAUAAUGUCCAAGCAUUUCGAAGCUUUCGACCAGCUCAGAGCGCGAGGCUUUUUCAUAGGAGAAUUCAUUUGGAACUUUGCUGAUUUUAGGACGGCAGAGACUUAUACAAGAGUCGGCGGUAAUAAGAAGGGCAUUUUCACUCGCGAUCGACAACCAAAGAGCGCAGCCUUCCACGUGCGUAGGAGAUACCACGCUCUCAGUGCUGAACUGGAUAGCAACCCCGAACUACCUAAUGAUCUCGAAAAUUACGUCUCGUCGUACUACGUUUAAUCCGAGUCUUGAAAAAAUACAGUUAUUAAGACUGCUUUAUGGUUAAAUCUUUAAAGAAGACUGCGUUUUCAGAUUUUACAGAGUCCGUUUUUUAAGAACGGGCUAUGUUCUUAAAAACAUUCUUAAAAAAACAACAAAAAAUACUUCAAACAAAUCUAUUUUAUCGAUACUAAUAUGCGUCAAGUUAGUAUCAAAUUGUAUUAACUUUAUAUAUGUUAGACUGUAUAAAUGUGGGCAAUAUAAUGCUCCUUGAUAUUUUUAAAUAAAAUGUGUUCAUAUUUUAAA